AUGGCGCCACCUCACGACGACAAAGCUGCGGAGGAGCUCAGCGGCGAGCCAACGCCCGAUCGCCGCCGCAUAUCCAAUAUUCUCUUCGUAAUCGCUAUGCAAACGGAGGCAUCUCCUCUGGUGGACAAAUUUCAGCUCGCCGAGGAACCUGAUUCUGGGUUUCCGAAGGGGGUUCCAUGGGUGAGAUACUCUGGUAAAUAUAAAGAGCUGAACAUCAACGUUGUUUGCCCUGGGAAAGACAAGUCAUUGGGGGUUGAUUCUGUCGGAACAGUUUCAGCAUCUCUUCUUACAUAUGCUUCUAUUCAAGCUUUACAUCCAGACCUCAUCAUAAAUGCAGGAACUUGUGGAGGAUUCAAGGAAAAAGGUGCCUCAAUAGGUGAUGUAUUCCUUACGUCAAACGUUGCUUUCCACGAUAGAAGAAUUCCUAUCCCUGUGUUUGACUUGUAUGGGGUUGGCUCACGCCAAGCGUUUUCCACGCCUAAUCUUGCAAAGGAACUGUACUUGAAGGUUGGCAAAUUAUCUACUGGUGAUUCUUUAGAUAUGUCCCCUCAUGAUGAAGCAGCAAUCGUUGCAAAUGAUGCAACAACUAAAGACAUGGAGGGAGCUGCCGUUGCUUAUGUAGCGGAUCUCUUGAAAGUGCCCACGAUAUUUUUAAAAGCCGUGACUGAUAUUAUUGAUGGUGACAAGCCAACAGCCGAGGAAUUUCUGCAGAAUCUGGCAGCAGUCACUGCUGCUCUUGAACGGACAGCAACCCAAGUUGUUGAUUUUAUAAACGGAAAAAGUUACUCGGAGCUUUGA